UAAAUUUAGUGUUUGACACAGAUUUGAGCCACACAUCGGACGCUGUGAAGUGUUGAAGUGAAGGCACAGCUGCAAAAUGACAGCUGCCACAAGGCUUCUGGACGAGAUGUGCCACCUGACGGCUCAGUCUCUCACCGCUCUGGACACUAAGGAGCACUUCCGGGUCCUGAAGCUGCUGGGCGAAGGCUCGUACGGCAAAGUCAUGCUGGGCGUGCACAGGAAGACGGGCACUCCGAUGGCGCUGAAGUUCUUCCCUCGGGACUCCACCUCUCUCUUCUCCUUCCUGAGGGAGUACAACCUGUCUCUGUCCUUCUGCACCCAUCCGUCCCUCACCCGAGCUCUGGGCAUCGCCUACUCCACCCCGUCCCACUACGUCUUCGCUCAGCAAGCCAGCCUCUUCGGCGACCUGUAUGAUGUCAUCGUUCCUGAGGUCGGCAUGGAGGAGGGCUGCUGCCAGAGGGUCGUGUCCCAGCUGUGUGGCGCUCUGUCCCACCUGCACUCGCUCGGCUUCGUCCACAGAGACCUCAAGCCCGAGAACGUCUUCCUGUGCGACGCUGCCUGCCGCUGGGUCAAACUGGGAGACUUCGGCAUGGUGAAGGCCAGGGGCACCAGGGUCCCUGAGGUGUGGUACAGCUCCCCGUACUGCCCCCCCGAGGCUGAGGUUGCCAAGGGGAACGAGGACAGCUGGAGUUCCCCGGACGGAGGGACGCCCGCAGACGAGGAGGAGAAAAAGAGGAAGAAACCGAAGAGAGUGUGGGUGUCGGUGGAGCCGAGCACAGACAGCUGGGCGCUGGGGAUCCUGAUCUACGCCAUGCUGAGCGGUAGCCUCCCCUGGGCCGAGACCACCGCUGAGAACCGCUCGUACCAGAAGUACACGGAGUGGUUUGACAGCACGAGAGGCCCCGACGAUGGACUGGACGUGUGGAGCGAACCUCAGGGACAGGGAGACACAGAUGUCAUCGAUGUGAACGGAGAGGGGGAGGGCAAGAAAGGCCGCCGUCCAGUGGCUCCCCAGUUCGCCUGCUUCACCCCCCUGGCCUGCUCCCUGUUCCAGUCGCUCCUUGACCCGAGGCCGAGGCUCCGCGCGGGGCCGGAGGAGGCGCUGGCCUACCUGGGAGGGGACUGGCUGAGGGAGAAGGAGAGAGCACGGCUGGACGAGGAGAGGAAGAAAAGCCGGGGGAAAGGAGUGAUGAGGAAGGUGAAAGAGAUGGAGGGCAGAGGAGAGCGAUGAGGCAGAGACGAUUUAACAUCAUAUUCCUAAAACCUGAGAGGGACUGAUGGUAUUUUUGGUUCAGCAAACACAUCAUAUAUCAAAAAGCCCCUGUGAGCAUUUAGGGACUGGGAUUUCUAGAGCUUAGAGAGGGUUUGCACUGAAAAGAGAAAGAAUUAAAGGUGCCACAUGAUGCAUGAUGUUGUCCUGGGACAUUAAUACAAUUACUAUAAACACAUGAGGCCAUCACCAAGAGGACUGUCCGCCUCUACCAGCCUCUAUUUCUGCAUUUAAAUGGUGAGCCACUGGAUCAGAUUAGUGAAAAAAGAAAAAAAGAACUGCUCUGUUGCUGCA